AUGUCCAGUCCGAGGCCGAGACGGGGGAGAAACUAUGCCGGCGAGCGAAUGGAUGGCCUUGAUCCUGAAAGUAGAAGACGCCUGGAAAAGAGGGUUCAGUAUCUGAAGCGCCUAGGCCACGGAAGUCUGGACAAGGAGACUCGCAAAGCGUACCUCGACACGCGCAAAGAGAUCAACGACCUCUGCCAGGAAAUUAACCGCAACAUUCGCCUCUACGACGGUGGCAGCUUGCCUUUUACAGAAAAAGAGCUGGAUGGCCUGGAGCAGAGUGAUGUGGAAAAAUAUGAGAAAGACGAAUCCGGAAAGUGCUUAGUGCCAUUGAACCGCGCAGAAUUCACCAAAGUCAUGGCGCAUGUUUCCAACUACAACACGAGAAAGACAUUUCACGACGCAUGGACUUCGCGGCUUCCAGAGAAUGUGCCCCUCUUUCGCAAAGUCAUUCUGCUACGCGACGAGAAUGCACGCAGAAUUGGUUUUCGAGGCGAUGCCGAUCUGUGUCUCGCCGGCAGAAUGGCCAAAUCCACCGAGUGGGCGGAACAGCUCCUCGCUGACCUCGCAAGCCACCUCCGGGAGCCCGGCCGCGACUUGUUUCGCGAGCUCGAGACCAUCAAGGCGCGUCUCACAGAAAAAGGCGACAAGUCUGUGGAUGUCAAGGCCAAUACCGCGGUUCUGCGCUGUGAAGUGGCAUAUCUGAAGGAAAUCCAAGCCCGCGAGAACAAGGUCGACCACAAAGCCAUUAGCGCCUAUCUUCCCUACAAGGAGACGACCGCAGCGAUACUGCGCAACGUGGCCAGAUACCUGCAGCUGCGACUGGAGCCGAUAGAAAAAAAAGAUCUGGUGGGCUGUGUAUGGUCGGAUGAUGUCGACGUUUGGGCUGUCUGGGAUGAAGGCGAGGAAAACGGUCAGUUUGUGGGCUUCUUUUAUGGCGAUUUGCUGGACCGGCCCAACAAAUACAAGCACAAUCAAACUGUCGAACUGCAGGCGAGCUUUUUGAAGGAAGAUGGGUCACGGCCAUAUCCAGCCGCGAUUCUCAUGUGCAGCUUCUCGCCCGACAUUGUUGAUGGUUGCCAAGUGCUGCCGCACUCCAACAUCAUCACAAUGUAUCACGAACUCGGACAUGCGCUUCAUGCUUUAUUAGCCAGGACCAAAUGGGGCGACAGCCACGGCUACCGCGUAUGUCUCGAAUUUGGCGAAGCAAUCGGCACAUGCAUGGAAAACUACGCAUGGCUCGAAGACGAGCUGAAGGGAAUCAGCUGCCACUACGCGUACACGGGCGACGCUUACAUGCAGGCGUGGAUGGAGCGCCAUCCGGGCCAGGCCCUGCCGCCGCGCGAACUGCCGGCCAAUUUGAUCGGCGAGAUGAUCCGUCGUCGGCCGAAGCACAGGAUCUCGUAUUAUCUCAAGCAAAUCGCGGACGCGAGCUUCGACAUGGCGGUGCACAACCCCAAGACGCAUCAAGAUCUGGAAUCCCUCAAUGAGACGACUCUGUUCCAGGACUUGGAGGCGCAGUCAACUUUUACACCCGCAGAGCGGUCGUCGUAUCCGCAGGCGGCCUUUUCGCACCUCGUGUCGGGCUACAACUCUGGCUACUACGCUUACGUCUGCUCCAAUGUCUUUGGCGAGGAAAUCUUUCAAUCCAACUUUGCCGCGGACCCAACUAGUACCGCAGCAUGGGACCGGUUCCGCCGACAGCUGCUCGGGUAUGGCGGGAGCAGGGACCAGACGGAGGUGCUGGAGGAGUUUCUGGGACGGCCCCCCACGACGGCAUCCUUGUUGAAGAGUCUUGAAAUUAGCUGA